GCUCUCUCAAAAGAAGCAAGCACUCUGGUCUUUGUCACUCCUGUCUACGAGCCUUUGCCUAACCAGUAUAUAGUCAAGGUACUCAAUGAUACCUACCUAGGGGCAGAAUCUGUUACACCCGUCUCCUUCAAGCGUUUGAUCCUUCCAGAACUUGAACCACCGCAUACAGAUUUGCUCAGCCUUAAGCCACUCCCAGUUACAGCACUCAGUGAACCACGGUUUGAAGAGCUUUAUAACUUCACCCAUUUCAAUCCCAUCCAGACGCAGAUUUUUCACAGUCUUUAUCACCAAGAUGUCAAUAUCCUCCUUGGCGCACCAACAGGCUCUGGAAAGACUGUAGCUGCUGAACUAGCCAUCUUACGAGUAUUCUCUAAAACUCCCAAAAUGAAGGUACGCAAUGUCUCUCUAAAACCGUGUAUCUAUGGAAUUAUUUGCUAUUCGGGAAUAGAAACUCAAUAG